AUGACUCUGCCGCACAACCCUGGAAGUGUGGGGCAGCCCCAGCCCCCCCAGACCAUGGAGGUCCACAGGCGGGAACACUUCCAGGAGGAGGAGCAGAAGGAGGAACGGCAGCGGAGCCUGAAAAUGGGCUCCUCAGCGCAGAGGCAUACCUUCCGCAGCAGUGAGGAAGAUUAUCAGUUCAGCGCUGCAGACUAUGCCCUUGCAGCAGCCCUGGUUCUGACGGCCUCCUCAGAGAAGUCUUGGGAGGCCCAGCUGAGGCACCAGUGCUCCACCGUGGAGCUAGAGGAGCGCGGGCAGAAGCACGUGGGCUUUGGCAAUGACUGGGAGAAGACAGAGAUCGCCUUCCUACAGACCCACAGGCUGCUGCGCCAGAGACGUGAUAGGAAGGCUCUGAGGCGACAGACAGAGGAGAAGGUCCGGGAGGGCAAGGAGCUGAGAGAGCUGUGUUCCGGCCGGGGGCCCUGGUUCUGGAUCCCUCUGCGCUCCCACGCUGUCUGGGAAAACACCACAGUCCUGCUAACCUGUACCGUCAAGGCCUCCCCUCCACCCCAGGUCACUUGGUACAAAAACGAGGUACGAAUCGAUCCCCGGCUCUUUCCUGCCGGAAAGUACCGAAUCAAGAACAACUACGGGCUGCUGACCCUGGAGAUUAGGAGAUGUACCAUUGAGGACUCAGCCACCUACACCGUGAUGGUGAAGAACGCCUAUGGCCAGGCCUCUUCUUUCGCCAAAGUCCUCAUCCGCACGUACCUGGGAAAGGAUGCUGGCUUCGAUUCGGAGAUCUAUAAAAGAUCAAUGUUUGGCCCCAGCGUGGAAUUCACAUCGGUGCUGAAGCCUGUCUUUGCCCGUGAGAAGGAAUCCUUCUCCCUGUCCUGCUUAUUUUCGGAUGAUGUGUUAGACGCCGAGCAGAACAUCCAGUGGUUCCGAGACGGGAGCCUACUGAGGUCCUCAGGGCGCCGGCAGAUCCUCUUCGCAGACCGCCAGGCGUCCGUGAAGGUAUCCUGCGCCUACAAGGAGGAUGAGGGGCUCUACACAAUCCAGGUGCCCUUUGGAGCCCGGGAGCAGAGUGCCUAUGUGUUUGUGAGAGAUGCUGCAGCCGAGAAGCCAGGGGCCCCAGGCUCCCCACUGAAUGUCCGAUGCCUGAAUGUGAACAGAGACUGCCUCAUCCUGACCUGGGCCCCGCCCAGCGACACCCGGGGCAGCCCCAUCAUUGGCUACUCCAUCGAGCGGUGCCAGGGUGAAUCUGGGGAGUGGAUGCCCUGCCACAAGGCCCAUGGGGGGACCUGUCGGUGCCCAAUCCAAGGCCUCAUCGAAGGCCAGAGCUAUCGAUUCCGGGUGAGAGCCAUCAACCAAGCAGGAAGCAGCCUCCCCUCCAAGGCCUCAGAGUUGGUUGUCAUGGGUGAUGCUGAUGAGGCUGGGAGGAGGAUAGAGAUCCCCUUUGAUCUGGGAAACAAGAUCACAAUCAGCAAAGACGAUUUUGAAGAACCCGUGACCAUCCCCUUGGCGCCAACCAAUGUCCAUGCCAGCGAGAUCCGAGAGACCUACGUAGUCCUGGACUGGGAGGAGCCUAGCCCCCGGGGCAAGGCCCCAUUGACAUACUCCCUGGAGAAGUCCGUCAUAGGUAGUGGCACCUGGGAGGCCAUCAGCUCAGAGACCCCUGUGAAAUCUGCACGAUUCGCCCUUUUGGAUCUGGAGAAAGGGAAGUCUUACGUCUUCAGAGUGCGAGCAAUAAACCAGUAUGGCAUGAGUGAUCCCUCGGAGCCCAGCGAGCCCAUCACCCUGGGGAGAAAACCAGUUACUCUGCCUCCUCCCACUCAAGUUCAAGCUUUCCGAGACACGCAGACCUCCAUCUCCCUGACCUGGAAUCCUGUGAAAGAUAGCCCCGAGCUCCUGGGUUACUAUGUCUACUCCCGGGAGGUAGGGUCUUCUGAGUGGCAAACAGUCAACAACAAGCCCACGCAGGGCAACAAAUUCACAGUUCCUGGCUUGAAGACAGGGAAGGAGUAUGAGUUUUGUGUCAGCGCAGUCAGUGAGGCCGGGGUAGGUGAGCGGUCAGCAGCCACUGAACCCAUCAGGGUCAAGCAGGCUCUGGCUACUCCAUCUGCCCCAUACGAUUUCACCCUCCUGAACUGUGGGAAGAAUGAUAUGGUCAUUGGGUGGAAACCCCCCAAGCGUCGAGGAGGUGGUAAGAUCCUGGGCUACUUCCUGGACCAGCACGACUCAGACGAGCUGGACUGGCAUCCGGUCAACCAGAAGCCCAUCCCAGCCCGGGUCUGCAAGAUCAGCAACCUUCAUGAAGGCCACUUCUAUGAGUUCCGUGCCCGGGCAGCAAACUGGGCAGGUGUUGGCGAGCUGUCAGCACCCAGCAACCUGUUUGAGUGCAAAGAGUGGACGAUGCCCCAACCAGGACCCCCCUACGAUGUGCGGGUGUCCGAGGUGCGGGCCACCUCCCUGAUGCUGCAGUGGGAGUCCCCGCUGUACACGGGAGCCGGGCCAGUCACAAGCUUCUGUGUCAGUUACCAGGAGGAAGGCUCUGAGCAGUGGAAGCCAGUCACCCCACACCCCAUCUCUGGCAACCAUCUAAGGGUUUCUGACUUGCAGUCAGGGAAGAGUUACGUGUUCCGGGUACAGGCUGUGAAUUCAGCUGGUCUGGGGCAACCAUCAAUGCCCACCGACCCCGUGCUCCUGGAAGACAAACCAGAUGCCCAUGAGAUCUCAGUUGGUGUGGAUGAAGAGGGCCGUAUCUACUUGGCUUUCGAAGCCCCCGAGGCCCCAGACUCUUCAGAGUUUCAGUGGUCCAAGGACUACAAGGGCCCCCCAGACCCUCAGAGAGUCAAGAUCGAGGAUGAAGUUGACAAGUCCAAGGUCAUCCUGAUAGAGCCUGGACUCGAGGAUCUGGGCACCUACUCAGUGGUGGUCACCGAUGCUGAUGAGGACAUCUCGGCAAGCCACACACUGACCGAGGAAGAGCUGAACAAGCUGAAGAAGUUGAGUCAUGAGAUCAGAAACCCAGUAAUCAAGUUGAUCUCCGGCUGGAACGUCGAUGUGCUCGAGCAGGGAGAGGUGCGGCUUUGGCUGGAAGUAGAAAAGUUAUCUCCCGCCGCAGAGCUGCAUCUAAUCUUCAAUGAGAAGGAGAUCUUCAGCUCUCCGAAUCGCAAAAUCACUUUUGACCGAGAGAAGGGCCUGGUGGAAGUGAUUAUCCAGAACCUGACUGAGGAUGACAAAGGGUCCUACACUGCUCAGCUCCAAGAUGGAAAAGCCAAAAACCAGAUCACCCUGGCACUGGUGGAUGAUGAUUUUGACAAACUUCUGAGGAAGGCAGAAGCUAAGAGAAGACAAUGGAAGAGAAAACAAGGUCCCUAUUUUGAGGAGCCUUUGCAGUGGAAGGUCACGGAGGACUGCCAAGUGCUGCUGACGUGCAAGGUGACCAACACCAAGAAGGAGACCUGCUUUCAGUGGUUUUUCCAGAGGACAGAGAUGCCAGAUGGUCAGUAUGACCCACAGACUGGCGUAGGGCUUCUCUGCAUUGAAGAGUUGUCCAAAAAGGACAAAGGAAUUUACAGAGCAGUGGUUUCUGACAAUAGAGGGGAAGAUGACACCAUACUGGACCUCACAGGUGAAGCCCUGGAUGCCCUCUUCACUGAGCUGGGCAGGAUUGGUGCCCUCUCUGCAUCCCCGCUGAAGCUCCAGGGGACCAAGGAGGGCAUCCGGAUCUUCAGCAAGGUCAAGUACUACAACGUGGAGUACAUGAAAACCACCUGGUUCCACAAAGAAAAACGCCUAGAGAGCGGUGACCGGCUGAGGGCUGGCACCACCCUUGAUGAGAUCUGGCUCCACAUCCUGGACCCCAAAGACUCAGACAAAGGCAAAUACACCCUGGAAAUAUCUUCCGGGAAGGAAGCCUGGAAGCUCUCGGUUGAUCUCUCAGGGCAAGCUUUUGAUGAUGCCCUGGCUGAACACCAGCAGCUGAAAGCUGCAGCCAUCAUUGAGAAGAAUCGUGCCAAAGUCGUGAGGGGCCUGCCAGACGUGGCCACGAUUAUGGAAGACAAGACUCUGUGCCUGACCUGCGUCAUCUCAGGCGACCCCAUCCCUGAAGUCUCUUGGCUGAAGAAUGACCAGCCUGUCACCUUCCUUGACCGCUACCACAUGGAGAUGAGGGGGACAGAGGUCACAAUCACCAUCAACAGGGUCCAAAGUGAGGACAGCGGGCGCUAUGGCGUCUUUGUCAAGAACAAGUAUGGCUCCGAGACAGGCCAGGUCACCAUCAGCGUGUUCAAACAUGGGGAGGAGCCCAAGGAGCUGAAGAAGAUGUGA